AUGAUGUUUAAUACUAAAAGCUUUUUGCAAUUGGAUCCAUUAGGUCUUACGGAACAGUCAAUAUUAGUGCUUCCUCAUGAAUUAAUUGCUAAAAUCUUGAGAAUGAAUUAUUCUAUUAAUGGUCAACUAAAACAUAUCUACCAUUUUAUAGUCACCUGCAAAGAGAUGUACUAUAGAUAUGUUUUUUUAUUGUAUACAUUUGAACCCGUUAUGAUUAGUCUACGCAAAUACAAUAAAGCAAUCAACCUUGCUACAAUGAGAUUUCUUAAGGAAAGCAAGCUUUCUAACGAGGUUAAAUGUCUCGAAUGGUUCCUAACUCCAAAAUUUACAACGACUAAACGUCACCAAGGGGCCAUUCUUAAUUCUGUUUAUCAAUUUUCAAACCUCUAUAAAGUUUGCUUGACAGCUAACUCCUUGGACAUGUUAAUGAAAGUGAAUAGGUUACCAGAAUGUGUUUCCAUUUUGAAAAUAAACUUGCUUACUCAUGUCAAUCCUACUCGUCAUAAAAUGCAUUUAGAUAAAAUACCAUUGUUUAAAUUAAAGGUUUUGAUUUUUGAGACACUGGCUCCAUUGAGUUUGACCGAGUAUUAUUAUCCUUUUUUCAGAAGUAUUUUGAUUUCCAAAUCCCCUUUGUAUUCCUGGAUGGCCAUAGAUGAGAAUGUUCCUGAGGCCCAUGUAAACUCUCCCAUGAAUCAAGUUUGUAAUAUAUUAGCUACUUUGAUCUAUCAUAGUAAGUCCACCCUUGAAUAUCUUAAUAUUCACAAACUACACCCGGUGUUUGUCUUCAGAGCCAUGGAUGUGGUGUUCUACCAUGGCGGGAUAACUUUAUCAUUAUUCAAUUCCUUGCAUCCCAAUCUCCAAUAUUUUAAUCAGUUUCCCAGUUUGAAAUAUUUGAAAAUUGAUAAUUCUUAUCUGUUAACAGACAACUUAAUACAAAAGUUGAUGGGGAAAAACAAACAGAGUCUUAUUGUUCUUGACUACAUGUAUUUAAAGGAGAUAAUGCAUAUCACCCUUGAUGAAACAAACCAUAUUCAUAAGGUGUUUUACGAUAGGAACACCAUUUUUGCUACAAAAGUAUUAGUUGAUUUGAAUGCAUUGAGUCAGUAA